GCUCUCUCUUUCCAUUUCCUCUCCACUAUCACCACCUUUAUUGGUAUCCUCUCCCACCACACCACACCACCCCCUAACCCAACACCCACAAAACAAAAACAUCAAAACCCAAACACACCCUAAAUUCAACACCCUCAUCACUUCUCAAAACAGCAAUGUCCCAAAUCUCCUACUUCACCUUCCUCUUCUUCUUUUUCUUCACUCUCCUCCCCUCAUUCCCCUCCCUCCCUGCCCUAACCGAACCCGACCCGGCUUCCAUCCAACCCUUCUCCACCACCCCAUCUUCGGCCGCCACCAUCCCCGCCUUCCCCGAACAAUCCGACGUGGCAGGCUGCCCCUUGGACCUCCCCGAUGACCUCUUCCACGCCAUCAAAUCCUCUUGCGGGUCAACCCGAUCGGGUCAGCUCCACCGGACCCGGUGCUGCCCUGUUCUCGCCGCUUGGCUCUUCUCCGCCUACUCGAAGACGGCGUUGGGCAGGGCGGGCAGGGCUCCUCAAACGGCGUCGUACGAUCUCCCACUCCUUCCCGACGAUUCAGAGACCUGUGUGACAAGUCUCGAAAAUGCUUUGAACAACAAAGGCAUUGAAUUGGUGAAGCCAAACAAUACCUGUGAUGUGGUGUAUUGUUACUGUGGGAUAAGGUUGCACCCAUUGAGCUGCCCAGAAGCGUUCUCGGUGUCGCAAAAUGGGGAACUCGUCGGAGAUCAGAGUGUGAAGAGGUUAGAGAGAGAUUGCUUUAGUAACAGCCUCAAUGGCUAUUCUGGUCUUGCUGGGUGUUCCAAGUGCUUGAACAGUCUCUACCGGCUAAAUGAAGAUAAAACUGGAAAUACAAGCAAACUAGAGGACAGGACGAGCAAAAUGCGCAACAGAGACUGUGAGCUGAUGGGUUUAACAUGGCUCCUUGCAAAGAACCGAUCCACUUACAUUCACACCGUUUCAGCAGUCCUAAGAGCCAUCAUGAUGAGCACGGACGGGUCUGAUCCUCUCUCUUGCAGUCUCAACAGCGAUGGAAUGCCCCUAGCCGUUGAUUCUUCUGAAAUCAACGAUCAGUCUUCAUCAACCACCCUCCAUUUACCCAUUGCUCUCUCUAUCCUAUCACUUGUUUUGUUUUAUAUGAGCCUCUUUGUAUCAUCCACCAGGUACUAGUUUGUGUGAAAAAAGUAAGUAGUUCCUGUUCUCUGUAUUAUUAUCAUGAAUUUCCCAAAAUUGGUCCCCUUGUAUUGUUAAGUUUUUAGGUUAAUGAGUAGUGGAAUCGUAAUUCUUUUUGUGGUACAAUUAGGGUCAAGGUUUUUAAUGUUGUAAUGGUUGAGUUUUAUUUUUUAUAUAUUAUUAUUAUCGUUGUUAUUAUCA